UCACAAGGAGUCGCGCCGCAGCUCCAACCGCACCUCCACUUAUGUUCGCAGCACCGUUUCCCCGUCGUGCAGUCGCUCGACCUUCAGCAAGCCUUCCGAUACCUCAUUGAUGCGCCGGCGAUCGUCAAGCAUCAUGCGUCCAUGGCAUGGGAGUAUCUGUCUGCGCCGAACGAUGGACGAGUGUGGCUGGAAUGGAUCCCGCGCGAGAAGAACGACUAUCCCUAUCCUUCAGAUGGCUACGUUUGGGGAGACAUGGAGCAGUCAUACCGACAAGACUUCAAUGGCUAUACUCUUGAGUUGAAAGUGCAAGGCAUCGGAUACCGCCCCGGUCACGACCAGAUGGCCACACAUGCGCGCACGCGAUAUCACUUCGUCGGCAAGAAUCCGUCAGUGAAUGCGCCGAUGCCAGAUGACACCUUAUGGCUCGUGCACUAUCACCAGGCCGCACAACAUCAGAUCAUGCCGGCUGCUCAGGUGCCAGUCAGCCCGCAGAUGCAGCAAAUCAUUUCCCAGCGAAGAUGGUUGGAAAGCCAAGGUCGCCUUGAUCGCAGGGACUUUAUGCUGCACGAUCGCGAACACUGGCCGAUCAUCAAUAUCCCAGGACACGGCCCAUCGCAGCAACAGGGACAAUACGCAGCGCAACAAGCAGCACAGAACAGGCCAUACGGAGCAUACCCCCAGCAAGCUGGUCAGCCUCCUUCGAAGAGACCGCGAACGCAGGGGCCGGGCGCGUUGCCAGGAUCGAGUGACGGCAUGCCAGAUACGAGCAUAGAGGCCGAAGAAGAUACUGCACUUGGCGAUUACUUCGAUCACCUCACACAGCGCGAUAUCAGCCUUGCGAGAUACACCCAACACCACAGAUGGAUGGAAGAGGUCUUCUCUUCGCCGUACGCCUCGAGCAACAUCGUUCCUCCUGAUCUUGGCCUCGGGCUGAUGGGCGAGCUGAAGGGCCUGACGGAUGGCAUUCUUCAGCCACCCAAUAUGGAAGUGAGAGAUGUUGCCGAAAGGCCUGCCAAGGCGAAAGAACCAGCUCCUUUCACGAAUUUGAAGAAGGAGCAGGUGGACGAGUUUAGCAAGCGAGUAGCGAAACAUCUCGAGGAAGGUCAAGCUGAAAUUGAGCGGAUGAAGGCGGAACAUGCAGCAAAGAUGCAAGAUUGGAAAAAGGUGAAAGCACUGACUCGGGCGGAAAAGAGAUUGAGAUUUGCCAGUUGGGAGGUGCACGAAGACCAGCCGAUUACUGUCUUCCGUCUCGAGGCCGAUCCUGCUGUGAACGGGAAUACUGAUGAAGGACUUGGCAAGGAGAAUGUGGAAGAUGUGAUCAAGGAUGUGGAGAGUCUUCUCAAGGUGAAUAUCAAAGGCCAUCCAGAUGCGACUCGCAUCUGCAAAGGUGGACUAAAGGAUAGGAAGCCG